AGUCACUUUGUAAAACGAAAACCAAAGAAUUGACCAACAUUCUGAUUACCCCUUGUAUUACCAGUUUUCUUGGCUAACUUCAGGGUAUUUAUUUAUUCGUGUUUUCGUUUGACAUGUCAUCGGACGAAUUUCACGUCAUUACAAUAAAAUCUUGCCGGGUUGUCAGACGUGUUAUGUUCGCCGUUAACAGUUAAUUUGUAAGAAAGUUAAAGAAUAUUCGUUAGGUCAUCGGUCCAUAGUCUAUCCCUAGAACGGUCAUUUUGUUGCAGCAAUGGGGUUAAAGGGUAUUAUUAAGUUUUUUACCUUCAGGUGUUUAGAAAUACUAGUUGUAGCAUUAGUAAUUUUUUUAAUACCGGGGCUACCUCCUUAUGCAAAGAUUUCCGAUUCAUAUACUGUUAAAUCUGCCAAGCCUUUCGAAGGCAAGUUAGCUUUAAACAAUAGAUUAGAAUUAGCUGAAAAAUGGCAUGAAGGUGAAGUUCAUGGCGCUGAGUCUUUUGCUUCAUUCAAUGGGGAACUAUACACCACCUUACAUGGUGGGGAUGUUGUAAAAUUUGUUGGCAACCACAUAACCCCAAUUGUUAGACUUGGAAAACCAUGUAGCUCUCUUCAUGAAGAAAAGACAUGUGGUCGGCCCUUGGGAAUCACAUUUGACAAAAGUGGCAAUUUAUUUGUUGCUGAUGCCUACUAUGGUGUUUUUAAAGUUAAUGUUAAAACAGGAGAAAAAACUAACUUGGUAUCUAUGGAUGCUGAAAUUAAUGGAAAGAAGCCAAAAUUGCCUAAUUCAUUGGUGGUGGCUCAAAAUGGAGACCUUUAUUGGACAGAUUCAUCCACUGAAUUUAUUUUGCAAGAUGGUAUCAUCGAUAUGUUAGCAGAUGGAAGUGGAAGAUUAAUUCAUUAUGAUGCCAAAACUAAAACAAAUACUGUUCUCAUGGAAAACAUUCACUUUGCCAAUGGUUUAAUUCUUUCUGAUGGUGAGGAACAUUUGAUUAUUUCUGAAACUGGACGCAAUAGACUGCAUAGAUAUUACCUAAAAGGCCCGAAUAAGGGAAAACAAGAAGUUUUUAUUGAUGGUUUGCCUGGUUUACCAGACAAUUUAAGAUCAGAUGGUAAAGGUGGUUACUUGGUACCAUUAGUAAUUGCUGCAGAUGCUGACCAUCCAAAUAUACCACACAUUUUUGCACCCUUUCCCAAAAUCAGAAAAGUUGUUGCCAGACUUUUUGGAUUGUUGGAUCUUUGUUUCGAAACUCUUAACAACUAUUAUCCUUGUGCUUUUGCUCAGAAAGCCACUCACUUUAUUGGACACUUCAACUCAAUGACACCCAUGCUUCCAAAAAGAGCCACAAUUUUGCACAUUUCUAAAACCGGAGAAAUUUUGGACAGCAUUCACGCUAAUAAUAAAAACUUCAGAACCUUUAGUGAAGCAUUCAUUCACAAGGACACAUUAUAUUUAGGAUCACCAUUCAACAACUUUAUUGGUCGUGUACCUUUAUCAAAAAUUGGUUGGAACCACUUGGUACAAAACGCUGUCCCGACUCCGAAGCCGGUUACUCAACCUCCUCCAACCCAAAAACCGGUAACUCAAGCUCCAACAACCACACCAAGACCAACAACAACUUCUUCAAAACCAACUACCACCACACAAAAACCACCAGUACAACCUCAAGUUACUCCAACUCAGGCUCCAAAACCAAAGGAAGCCCCCAAGCAGCAAACCCCUUCUGCCAAACAACAAAACCCUCCUCCUGUCAAGCAACAAACUCCCUCACCCCCAAAACAAACUCAACCUCCAAAACAACAAGCUUCCCCACCUAAACCACAAACACCUCCCCCUGCCAAGCAACAAAGUCCCCCACCCCAAAAACAACAAACUCCACCUCCAAAACAGCAAACCCCUUUACCAAAGCAGCAACAAACAGCCCCUACAACCCAGAAACCAGGUAAAAACUAGCAAACAAAUCUCCCAUCAAAUCUUUAUAGAGUCUGUGAUCUAUUCAUUGCUCUAAUAAGCAUUCCAAGUAAUAAUUUACAUUAUGCAUUCCUUUUACAAUGCAUUUAUUAUUAUUUUUUUAAUAAAAAAUGUUUUUGAUAUCAGCCAUUCUGAGUUAUUAAGGUUGUGAUUUAAAGUUAUAGUUUCACAGUUUGUUUAUCAUAACAAAGUUCUGUUAUUUAUGACCGUUGUUUUAUUUUAGUUAAUGUUUAUAAAUAUGUAAUAGGUAAUUUAAAUAAAAUUUCGUAAGU